UCUCAUUAAAAAAAUCGAACAACGAAAAGAUAUUUCUCUCUCUCUCUCUCUCUCUCUCUCUCUCUCUCCCCAAAUCGGUCGCCGUUGCUCCGAUCUCAUGCUAUAGCUAACGCCGAUCGAUCCAUCGAUCUCGAUCACUCUCCGGCCAUGGACGCUUUCCCGGCCAGUUCGGACACCGCUGCCGUCUCCUGCUACUACUCCCUACUCGGGAUCCGCCGCAAUGCCUCCCCCUCCGACGUCCGCGCAGCCUACCGCCGCCUUGCUCUGCGGUGGCACCCGGACCGGUGGGCGAAGGAGCCUGCAUUCGCAGCCAGUCAGGCUAAGCGGAGAUUCCAACGGAUACAGGAAGCCUACUCCGUGCUCUCUGACAAGAGCAAGCGAGCCAUGUACGACGCCGGGCUCUACGACCCCCUUGACGGCGACGAUCAGGGAUUCGCCGAUUUCAUGCAAGAAAUGCUUGCGAUGAUGGAGGGUGUUAAAUCCGAGAAGCCGGAUAGUUUGGAGGACCUGCAGCGGAUGCUGGCGGAGAUCGUGGGCGACACCGUCAGCGAUCCGGGGACCAGCGACGGAGGGGCGAACACCAGCGGCCGACGGGGGCCGUCGGAUUCGACGAGGAGGAGCCGCGGUGGCGGCCCGAUGAUAAGGUGACCUGGGAAGUUGGAAUCUGAAUCUGACCAUUGAAUGCCCGUUUGAUUUAAAAAAAUCUGGAGGUGAAAAACACUUAAAAGGACGAUAGCGUUCCAAUUAAUCUAAUUGUUAUUUUUUUUUCUGUUUUUUUUUUUUUUGGUUUGUUUUCGAUGUGAUGAUUUCGAAGUUUUUUUUUCCA